AUGCCAGAUACACAAACCAUUCAUGUCAGCCAAACAGCACAAUCACUGACGAACAAUAUAUCAAAACGAUCAAGAGUGUCAAGAUGGGAGACCAAAUCACGUUUAUAUAUAACGUGGGUUCUGCUUCAGACUACUGGGAUCCCAUAUGGAGUUUCGAAUGCAGAUGCGGCAGUAAAGAGUGUCAAGGAAAAAUCGACGCGUACCGGACUGUAA